CGCUAUGUAGCAAUCUCGGACCGCAUCUUUGAAAACCAGCCAGUAUGCUACCGGCUAGUUACCAAAGAACACGUGAAUAACAUAAAGUAAGCAGAGCGUGCCUGAUUUCACUGUACGAUUGCCAAUUUGAAACAAUUGAAGGCAAAAAACGACCAAGAUGGUGUACUUCAUUACGAGGAUAUCGAAAAAGUUCGCUCAGGUAGCACUGAAUUGCAGCCGCGCCGCUCACCAGACCGCCCUCCGAGGCAACAAGGUUAAUCCGCAAAUCGCAGCUCUUACGCCGAAGGUUCGCGCAUUCAUCGAGCGUAGCGCAGCGCUCUGCGAGCCGGAGCACGUGCACGUCUGCGAUGGCUCCGAGGCGGAGGCGUCCGCGCUGCUGCAGCUCAUGCAGACCCAGGGCACGCUGAAGGCACUGCCCAAGUAUGAUAACUGCUGGCUAGCCCGCACGGACCCCGCGGACGUGGCCCGCGUGGAGUCGCGCACGUUCAUAUGCAGCGAGCGCGAGCGCGACGUGGUGCCGGCGGCGCGCGCUGGCCAGCGGAGCGCGCUCGGCAACUACAUCGCGCCCGGCGAUUAUGACAAGGCGGUCACUGAACGGUUCCCGGGGUGUAUGCGGGGUCGGACCAUGUACGUGAUCCCAUUCUCUAUGGGUCCGGUUGGGUCUCCGCUAUCUAAGAUUGGGGUGGAAAUAACAGACUCGCCCUAUGUCGUGUAUUCUAUGCGGGUUAUGACCAGAAUUGGUGCGUCAGUAUUAGAAGCGUUGCGUAAGGACGAACAUUUCGUCCGUUGCCUCCACUCUGUGGGACGGUCCCAAACCCCAGGGACGGCAGGAUGGCCCUGUGACCCCACGCGCACUAUAAUACUACAUCGACCGGCGGAUAACGAAAUUGUUAGCUACGGUAGUGGCUAUGGAGGAAACAGUCUUUUGGGAAAAAAAUGUUUCGCUCUUCGUUUGGGAUCCGUUCUUGCAAAACGCGAGGGAUGGCUGGCAGAACAUAUGCUUAUCGUAGGUAUAACCGACCCGCGCGGUCGCAAGCGCUACAUCGCCGCGGCGUUCCCGUCGGCCUGCGGGAAGACGAACCUCGCGAUGAUGACGCCGAGCCUCCCCGGCUACAAGGUGGAGUGCGUCGGUGAUGACAUCGCGUGGAUGAAGUUCGACGGUGAUGGCGUGUUGAGGGCCAUCAACCCGGAGAACGGGUUCUUUGGUGUUGCACCCGGCACAUCAAACUCCACCAACCCAAUGGCAAUGGCAUCAGUAUUCAAAAACACAGUAUUCACGAACGUCGCGGAGACCAAAGAUGGCGGCGUGUGGUGGGAGGGCAUGGGACAGGCGCCCGAGGGACUCACCGACUGGAAGGGGAAGCAAUGGGACGGGAAAGCACCGGCAGCCCAUCCUAAUUCUAGAUUCUGCACACCAGCUGAGAACUGCCCCAUAAUCGACAGCGAGUGGGAAAGCGCUGCUGGUGUUCCGAUAUCCGCCAUCUUGCUGGGAGGGCGAAGGCCCGAAGGAGUACCCUUGGUUGUGGAAGCGAGGGAUUGGGCUCAUGGAGUGUUCAUGGGAGCCUCUAUGAGGUCUGAAGCUACGGCUGCUGCGGAACAUGCUAGUAAAGUGGUGAUGCACGAUCCGUUCGCAAUGCGGCCGUUCUUCGGCUACAACUUCGGGGAGUACCUGCGGCACUGGCUCUCGAUGCCGCAGGCUGGCCGACAGAUGCCCAAAAUAUUCCAUGUCAAUUGGUUCAGGAAGGACAGCCAGGGCAAAUUCCUCUGGCCGGGAUUCGGGGAGAACUCCCGCGUUCUGGACUGGGUGUUGCGCCGCUGUGACGACGAGCCGUGCCACGUCGAAACACCCCUCGGAUACAUUCCUAAACCUGGCGCCAUUAACAUCAAGGAUCUGGACAAUAUUGACAUGAAGGAACUGUUCAGUAUACCUAAGGACUUCUGGCUGCAAGAGGCCGACGCGAUAGGAAAAUACUUCAAAGAGGAAGUCGGUGAAGAUCUACCAAACGAAAUGUGGGACCAACUGAUGACUCUAAAGAAAAACAUUCAGAAUUCAUAA